ACACUCACCUUGGAAGCAGACCCCGGACAUAGCAGCGUCAUGAGCCGAACGCUAAUCACCUGUUUGACACGAGCGAGGAAGGAGGCUGCUUCUCAAAUCAACUUUCCAGCGUCAGUAUCCUCUGUCAUGGAGACCAAACAUCUUAGCACGGGAUCAACAUGCCCUCCUCAGGAGCCGGGAGUUAUGAGGUGCUACAGUAUGAAGUUCUGCCCGUUCGCUCAACGCACCAGACUGAUCCUUGUGGCAAAGAAUGUGAAACAUGACAUCGUGAACGUAAACCUCAAGACCAAACCAGAAUGGCUGUUUGAGAAGAACCCCCUAGGAAAGGUUCCCGCCCUGGAAAGGACGGGAAAGAUGCUGUUUGAGUCCCUCGUUACCUGCGACUAUUUGGACGAGGCCUAUCCAGACCCUCCCUUGUACCCGUCCGACCCGUGGCAGAAGGCGCACGACCGGGUUUUCAUGGAAUUGUGGUCGAAGGUGACGAGCCCAAUGUACAAGGUGUACUUCGCAAAGGGAGAUCAGGAGGUGCUUGCCAAGGCAGUUGAGGACAUUCAGGCUGGCUUGGGCCUUUUCGAGACCGAGUUGGAAAAGAGAGGCACCAGGUUCUAUGGUGGAGAGAAGCCGGGCAUGCUGGACUACAUGAUUUGGCCGUGGGUUGAGAGGCUUCCAAUGGCAGAGAUGAUGGCCGGAGGUUUGAAGGUCUUCCAGCAAGAAACCUCUCCCAAACUGUUUGAGUGGGCGGAGAAAAUGAAGGAAGACAAAGCCGUGAGUGCAGUCUUCAUCAGUGCCGAGUCCCACUUCAAGUUCCUGAAGUCGCACAUCGACGGUCCUCCAGAUUACGACAUGGAGGUUUAGGGGCAUAUUCAUUCCAGGAGGGAGGGAAGACAUGUGCAAAUAUACAGUGAAAAUGUUGUUUAUGCAUGAAGCAAUUUUCUGUUUGGAUUUGUUCAGGCCUUGAAUGAUAUUCAUUAUACUUAAUAAUUUGUUCAGUCUGUGAAUUACUUUUUCUUAUUAAUAGAUUAUUUGUCAUUUUAAGAAGGCAUUUAUUUGUUUGUAAAGCUUAUAAAUACUUAUUAUCAAUUAAAUACUUCAUUAUCAAUUGAAUUAUGAUAUAAGGCUUCUGUCUUCAUGUAGUACAUGAACAUAUCUUCGUAUUAUGUUGAAUAUGUGUUGGUGAAUAGGUUUAAAUCUAUCAGGGAUCAUUAAAAACUUAUGUUUCAAUGA